AUGCAACAACCUCGCCCCGAUAUGGAUCCCUCCUGGACAGGACAAGACUAUGCGACCGACGCCACUUAUCACAAUGGGACCUCAGUUGAGGAGAGAAGCCCGCACACGAUGGGUAUGGGGUUUUUAAAGGGAUUUCAAGGAAUUCAGAAAAAGAUGACUAGAGACGGGCAACCGGCCAAGCGGCGAGGUCCCAAACCAGACAGUAAACCUGCCCAGACCCGGAGGCAAGAACUGAACCGACAAGCACAAAGAACCCAUCGCGAGAGGAAGGAAAAUUACAUCAAGGCACUUGAGCUGGAACUUGCGCGGUUGAAGGAAACGUUUGUCCUCGACCAAAACGCACGGUAUGCGACCAUUCAACAACAGAAGUUGAUUAUUGAGGACCAACAACGAGAAAUUCUGGCCUUGAGAGAGAUCCUAGCCAGCCGAGGAAUAACAUUCGAGAACGAACUGAAAAAUCGCAAGGCUGUAAUAGCCAUGAGACCAAAAAGAGAAGAGCUUUCCUUAAGCCCGCCCUCAAUGACUACUCUGAGUCCAACAUCGAUGGGUGGCAGGCCUCAUGGGUAUCAACAAGUGAUGCCCGGACCGCCUUCGACCAGUACAGGCUAUUCCCCCCAAACCUACAUCAACGGUGGUCCUCUGAGUGUCUCCGGACUCUCUCCUGGUACAACACACCAUAGCCAUUCCCCUCAAGGACCUGAAAUACAAGAGAUGGCGCCCAUCAAACAGGAAUCUGAAGGCAUAUCGGAUAUGCCCCGGCCCGGCGCUGGAAUCUUCGAACGAGAGCCACAACUGGGCGUUGAUUUCAUUUUAAGACUUGAGCAUAUUUGUCGCGAUCACGAAGAAUAUCUUGUUCGAAGGUCAUUUGACUCACCAGAUGACGACGGAGCACAGUUCUCCGGUCAUGCGUUGAUGGCAUCGUGUCCCCCACCCAGCCACAUUGAGCGUGUUCCAGCUCAAAAUGGCGGCUUGGUUCCCACGUAUGACCACAAAGUACCCGAUGCCGAGUCAGUACAGAUAUUGAACAACCUACUCAAUCUGAGUAAGUCUUUAACUGGGAGCGCAAUACCAAGUGGACAAGUCACCCCCAUUAUGGCGUUGCAAUCACUCAAAGGCCACCGUAAUUAUGGCACCCUCACAAGAGAGGAUGUGCUGGGAAUGGUUGAGGCCAUUAAGAGUAAGGUCAGAUGCUAUGGCUUUGGCGCCGUGAUGGAGGACUUUGAACUGCGCGACGCUCUGUCCGGCAUUUUUGCAACAAAACCCGAGACAUACGAUCAACUGGAGACGGACUACACGGCGGAGAUUGAUGAAAUGUAUUCAUAG